AUGCCCUCAUAUACAAACAUACAAAAUUCAAUAGCCAAGACAUUUAUUUGUUUCCUGGUACUCGAAGACGUCCAAAUCAACAAAUACCUGCAAGAAUUUCAGGUAUUUCGCGAACGAUCAAGCCGAGACACGUACCGAAGUUUAAAGCGUGAUAUAGCCAACAAGCUGAAACAGCAAAAAGACAGCAACAAACAUCACCAACACCACUCGCACACCACUAGUAACGGUCUUGGAGGCCACAAAGCCAGCUGUGCUUCGCUUCUUUUUUUAGCAAGCUCUGGUGGUAGCGUCAGUAGCGGUGGAACUCAAACGCAGCUGCCCACUAUUAAAGAGAAUUCGUCAAGUAGUCGCGCUAAUGUUAACAACAUGGAUGGGGCAGAUGUUAAAGGAUGCAUGAACACAAGCGGAAGUGUCGGACAUUUAUUUUCCAUGGCAUCGCGAAAGAAGCAUUCCUUCGCGUUCCUCCAAUCAGCCAACUUCCGGCGAACGAUUACGUGCAAUGAAAGCAUCCUUCCCACAGCAACAACAACAACAACAAACAACAUCAUCAUCAACCACAACAACAAAAACGCAUUAUCUUCAUCGUCAUCUUCCUUCCUUCAAGUCCCAGCAGUUUCUACUCAGCCAUCCUCUUCGAUGUCUACAACGACCACAACAGCACACUACCUCCAUCCAUUAAGACGCAACCAAUCCAUUUCGUUAAUCGACCGACAAAGAGUAGUCGCUCCGACGCAAUCCGACCUCAUACCGACCACCAUGAUUAGCGGUUACGGUAGCGGUCCCAGCCACUAUCCGAAUUCAAACGCGUCAAUGGUGCACCGUAAAUUGGGCGUUGGGGCCUCAAUCGACAGCUGCUAUCCGGCCCUUUGCGUGGUGAAUGAAAACGGAGAAAAGGUCUUUCAAGAUGAGGAUUUGUUUGAUGGAUGCUUGCAUGUGGUGCAGCAGCAGCAGCAGCAACAACAGCAGCCAUUUUCGGGUCUUAUGAUGAACAGAAAUCUCGGUUUUCAUUCGUCAUCGGCAUCUACGAGUGCCCUGGUAGAAAGUGACGAAGUCGAUUGCGAUCAGUUUGAACAUACGACCUCCUCGAGUCAAAAUAACAAUGGAGACAACAACAAAAACAACAUUUUUACCGCUAAAAAUAACAAUAACAAUAAUUCUACUAACAACAGCAACAACAGUAACAAUAAAAUCAAUAAUAGUAGUAGUAGUAGUAGUAGUAAUAAUAAUAAAACCAAUAACAAUAAUAAUAACAAUAGCAACGCAACAUUUUUGGACAUUGAAGAGUUUAACGGCAGAAACAGACGAGUGUCAUGUCCGUAUGUGCAGUUGAAAUCUCUGGAACUCUCUACCUUCUUCUCUGACUACCUCUCCCUCACUUACGAAUUUCAGAGCGGAUCUCAAGACCCAUCUGUUUACAAAAUUUACUCCGGGGCGCUGUUGAACAUUGCAAAAAUAGCGAUUUAUAAACUAAUUGAUUGA